CGUCAGCUGACCACUGGGGAAAUUUCUCCAACGAAACUGUCUACCACAGCCAUGUCCUGUAUUAGUGAUCAAUUUAUUGGUCGUUUACGGAAAGCGUUGUAAGCCUUGUUUUCUUGGAACAUUUACGACACCUUUGCCACUGAACUCUACUCCUCCGAAUAGGCUCCGACACCAUGCUAGCCACAGUGACAGCUGUGGUUAGGUUUUCUCAGUACAAUGGCAGUAUUUCACCCACACCAUUGGAAAACACAUCAGUAUACCCAACUUGGCAGCCUGACACUGAAGCCAACAUCACCAAGCCUCAUAAAUGUCUGCAAAUUCUGUAUGAAGACAUUGGGGAUUCCAGGGUGCGGUUUUGGGACAUUUUACUGUUAGUGCCUAAUGUGGCAUUCUUCGUAUUCCUCAUGUGGAAGCUGCCUUCAGCAAGGGCAAAGAUUCGAGUCACCUCUAGCCCCAUCUUCAUCACCUUUUACUUGCUGGUUUUUGUUGUAGCAGCGGUUGGAAUUACUCGGGCUAUAGUGUCCAUGACUGUGAGUGCAUCCAGUGCUGCAACCAUCAUAGACAAGGUCCUGUGGGAAAUCACACGCUUCUUCUUGCUGACCAUUGAGCUCAGCGUUAUCAUCCUGGGACUUGCUUUUGGUCACCUUGAAAGCAAAUCCAGUAUAAAGCGUGUGUUGGCAAUCACUGCAGUGCUGGCCCUUGCCUAUUCCAUCACACAGGGCACACUAGAGAUCCUGUAUCCAGACAGACACCUGUCUGCUGAGGAUUUUAACAUCUAUGGCCAUGGAGGACGCCACUUCUGGUUGGCCAGUUCCUGCUUCUUCUUCCUGGUGUACUCUUUCAUCGUGAUCUUACCUAAAACUCCAGUGAGGGAGAGGGUAUCUCUACCAUCUAAGAGAAGCUUCUAUGUGUAUGCUGCCAUCCUGUCAUUGCUGAAUUUUGUGCAGGGCAUGGGCAGUGCUCUUCUAUGUGCUGGAAUUACAGAAGGACUUUGCUGUGUGGAUGUUACCACCUUCCUUUACUUCUCCACUUUUGCCCCGCUUAUUUAUGUCACAUUCCUCAAAGGGUUCUUUGGGUCAGAGCCAAAGAUUCUGUUCUCCUACAAGUCCCAGGUGGAUGAGCCAGAUGAAACUGAUGUUCACCUUCCGCCUACUAUUGCUGCAAACCUUGGCCGCAAGGAGCUGCCUGAGCAGGGUCUGUACUAUUCAUCUACCCAAAUCGAUGGCUCAGGUCACGGCAGUGCGGGGAUGAUUGGUGCAUACCUGGAUGAUGUUGCCUCAGGGCCCUAUGGGUCCCACAGCAUUAACAGUAUUGAAGCUGAUCGCUGGAGACCAAUCAAUGCAUGAAUCCACUGAAAGGAGGUGGAAGACAAGACGGCUUUGCAGAUAGACUUUGACUUUGUGUGUUGUAGUGUAAUUAGGCUGAAUGCCGAUCUGAGGCUGUAGCCUAAAAAUGCAGAACAAAGCAGCUGGACACCAAGGAGAGGUCUUGCUUUGCGAGACCAGAAGAAGUUAACAAGUGGACACCUACAGAGAGAACUCGUGCAACUAGUUAUCUUGAGGAAUGUGAAUUAAGCAACUGCUUUUGUAAUACUGUUGCCACUGAGUGCAUUGCUGCUGUAGCUCUACACUAGGAGCACUGUUCUUCAUUUAGCCCCUAAGAGCUCCACACUGAUUCUAUUCCACUGGCUCUUUAAUGUGGGAGCUUGCAUUCCAGCACCAAGCAUCAGCUGCUGAAUCCUUCUGAAUGAUGUUUGAUUUUCAUUUUUAAGUACUUGGCUCAAUUCUUUGAACAGUAACAUUCUUUUGGUGACAACUAAAUGUGUACAUUCCCACUGAAGGCUUUGAGUAACAGCAUCUCAACCAACUUCAUAAUCUGCUGCCUUGUAUUAGAUUUGUGACUUUGCUGGCUAAUCAGUUUAUACUGAAAUCAUCAUGCGUCUCAGAGCCAAGAUUGGCUAAUUUAAUCUAAUAGGUAUACUUUGACUUCUGAAUAAGUGCUGUCCCUCCAGUUAAUAAUUGAAAGGUUUUACAGUCAUGUGUGUCACUGCACAAUGAUAAGGAAAUCCAAAAUACAGACAUGUUUGUUAAAGAUAACAAACCACCUGUACCUUCUUGGCUAGUAAUGAGACACAAGAACAUUUCUCCAAUCCUGUUUCUCUGUAACUCCUUCUACUUGUCUUUUUCUUACUUGUCUUCUUUUUUAUUUAUUGUGGGCUUUGGCUUUAAUUUGUUUGACCAGAUUAAUUAUUCCUCUGAAAGCACAUUUAAGCUUUUAGGAUGCAUUAUUGCACAUGUGAUAAGAGCAAACUAAUGUGCUGAAACCAUCCGGAGUAUUCCAAACUAAAUGUACCCUCAUUCCAUAUCUACAUAUUUAGUUCAGCUUUAUUAGCUGCGAAAGGGCUUAGUUUUAAUUUUGCUGCUAAUUUAUUUUUUCUAUUUUCAAAGUUUCCUCAAUUACAAAUUUGUGUAAUUAUGUACAACUUGUAUUAGUAGACCAAUGAUACCUUUUGGAAAUUCACACACGGACAGUGAAGUAUUAGGUGUUUAAAAGUUGCGUCAUUCCACGAUAGAGAUUCUGAUCAUUUUUGUUCUUGUUACCUCUUGACUUUGCUCCUAAAAAUUGUUAUGUAGUUCUGCCCAGAAAAUACUUUACAUUUGGAAGGUAUUAAAGGACUAUUUUAGCAAUCGGUAUUGUAGACGCAGCCUGUAUACUGAAGAAAAAAGAUAUAUAGGAGGUGAAGCUUUUCAAAGAAAGUGCAGUAUUUGCCUGGCAUUUUAUAUCUAAAUCUGAGUGCUGGUGAACUCUGGUGUGUUACCUUUAGAUAGAUUAGUGAUAAAGCAGUCAGUAUGCAGUUAUAUGACAUCAGUUUCUCCAUCCAUGCACAGGUUGACGCUCUGGAUACACUUGGUGUUUGAUAUUGAAAUAAUUUUUUGCGAAUAAUCUGUAAAUGGCCUUUUUAUGUAAGUGCAUUGAUUGUAUAAUAUCCAGCUCAUACUAAUACAAUGUACUGAGCAUUCCAUCACCUACAGAAUAAACCAUGGACCCUUUAA